CGGAUUUUCGAAAAACCUAGAGAGAGAGAUUACAGAAAUUCCUCAGCAACAGCCGCUCAUCCGCCGACCUUAUUCACCAUACUGAUCUCGCCGGAGCUUCGAUAAAAAUGGCGAAUAUAAAAUAGAACCACCGUCUCCGACGUACGCCAAAACCCGUCGCUCUUUCCUGAAAGUGCGAGAGAUAGGCAGAGGAGCUUGUCGAGUUCAGCCUUUCGCUGAUGGAGGGAGGGAGCGUGUUGGACGCCAUCUAUGAGGAGGAUAACUUCGACAACGACGAUGUCGAAAUGGUCGACGUCGAGGAGGGCGAGCUUGUCGUCGACCAUCGGGACAUCAAGAACGAUCCGACACGACCCGUAGUGGAUGGAGAUGGAGAUGCCGAGGUGUCGAAGCAAGAGGAGCAGAGCAAGAAUCGCAGGCGCAGGGCGAACAAGAAGAAGAACAGGAAAAGGAAAAGGGUCGCUCCUGGGUCUGGCCCUGACUUCACUGACAUCAACAGGUUCGUGCUCGAUACCUGUAGGAGACUGAAGGAGAAGAAAUCGUACAUGGUGUAUACUGCCGUCGGUUGUCUGGGAGUGUCUGCGUUGAGCGAUCUCGUCAAAGAGGUAGAUGCUAUUCAGGCUUGUGGGGGUCAGAUGACUGCUGACGGUAAACGGCAGCGAACAGGUGGGGGUGUACUAUGGAGUAUCAUUAAAGCACGAGAACCAAAUGCUUACAGAGAGAUAAUGAAAAGAGCAAGAGAAUUUGAGAAGCAAUUCAAGCCACACAACAUUCAACAAGGACGACAGAAAGAGGUACCUUCUGAUGGACCUAUAAAAGCAUCCCCUGACAGGAGUUCUGCGACCACUCCAGAUGGUUUCUCAACAAUGCCUGAGUUACACGAUGUCGAUCAGGAAUCGGCUGGUGAGGAAAAACGACAAUCCGUGAAGGAACGAUUGAGAGUACCUGUUUCUUACGAAGACAUUCUAGAUGACCCAGAAGACGGAAGUGGAUAAUGUUUGUGAAAAAAGACGUUAUUUUCCCUUGGUUGUCUCAAUUUGUGCAUAGCAAACAUCCUAACAAGUUUUGCAAACAUUCUUGAGGCGAAAAUAUAGCACAUAGUGUUGGAGAGGUUCAGAGUUGACCUUAUUCUCUGAGGGGGAGCAUAGCGUCGCGGCUUCAGUGGGCUGUUCUGCAGUAAUUUUAGCACAAGUCUGUGGUGACCGUUUUUUGGUUAUAAAAUGGUCGUGUUGAUCCA